UUUGUGAAGUAAGAAGUUACUUUUCAAUUCAUCUCCUUUGUCAAUGUGAAAUCUGCCAAAGUAGACUUUCCCCCACCACCUUACUACUACUAUCAUGGGACAACCCUUUUUUUAAAAAAAAAAAAUUCUAAAUAUUUAAUAAUUCCUCCUAUAAUUUAAAUUUAAAAAUAAAAAUCCAAAAAAAAAAAAGUAAUGAACACAUUUAAAUAGUUUGACAGAUGAAGUUGGUUCAGUUCAGUUCUGGCCAACACAUUUCUUCCCCCAUUAUCUCUAUUUAUCUCUCUCUCUCUCUACUCUGUUACACUCUAUAAUCUCUUACCAAAAAUGGAGUCUUCAAGUGAUGAAGAAAGAAAAAUGAAUGGUCAUCAUCAACAGGAUGAAGAUGAAGAUGAAACUAAUCAAAUUCCUUCUAAGAGAAAAAAGGGUGGAUUUAUCACCAUGCCAUUCAUUAUAGCAAAUGAAUCAUUUGAGAAAGUAGCAAGUUAUGGGUUGACUCCAAAUAUGAUUCUAUAUUUAAUGAAGGAUUACAAGAUGAGUCUAGCAAACGGGCAGAAUUUGCUGUUUUUAUGGUCUGCUGCAACGAAUUUCUUCCCCAUUUUUGGUGCUUUCUUGGCUGAUUCUUAUCUGGGUCGUUUCCUCACCAUUGGUUUUGCUUCCAUCAUUAGUUUUCUGGGGAUAUUUCUGGUCUGGCUGACAACAAUAAUCCCACAUAUCAAACCACCACCAUGCAAUCCAAUGGCCAACAAUUGCAAAUCCCCUACGUCUGGCCAAUACACCUUCCUAGUCCUCGGCUACCUUCUCAUGGCGAUUGGCGCUGGUGGUGUUCGACCAUGUUCUCAGGCAUUCGGGGCAGAUCAAGUUGAUCAACGAGAGAAUCCCAAAAACCGGAGGACUCUCGAAAUCUUCUUUAGUUGGUACUAUGCUUGUGGUUGUCUUUCUGUUAUAAUUUCACUUACAGUGAUUGUGUACAUUCAAGAUCACUUAGGCUGGAGGAUCGGUUUUGGAAUCCCCGUCAUCCUUAUGUUCUUAUCUGCUGUUUUCUUCUUCGCCGCCUCGCCUUUCUAUGUCAAGAAUAAGGUGAAGAAGAGUCUUUUUACUAGUCUCACUCAAGCCGCUGUUGCUGCUAUAAGAAACCGAAAAAUGAGUAUGCCACCCCAAGGUUCUAGUGUGCAGUAUUAUUAUAAGAAGGAUUCUACCAUCACUGCUCCUAGUGAUAGAUUAAGGUGUUUAAACAAAGCUUGUAUAAUUCAGAAUCCCAAUCAAGACAUUGGUACAGAUGGAUUGGCCAAAAAUCCAUGGAAACUAUGCACAGUGGAGGAAGUGGAAGAGCUAAAGUCUCUGAUUAGAGUGCUUCCGAUUUGGUCAACCGGGGUUUUGAUGUCCUUGCACACAAACCAGAGUUCAUUCGGUCUGCUCCAAGCGAAGACCAUGGACCGACAUUUAGGAUCAAAGUUCGAAGUCCCAGCUGCUUCAUUCGCGACUUUCAUGAUCAUUGUCAUAGUACUUUGGAUUCCUAUCUAUGAUCGAGUACUAAUUCCCUUGGCAUCAAAAAUUCGUGGCAAGCCUGCUCAUCUCGGUGUGAAAUUAAGGAUGGGAAUUGGGCUAUUUUGCUCGUUUAUGUCUAUGUUUGUUGCCGGACUAGUGGAAAACAUACGAAGAAACCGUGCCAUUAGUCUAGGUUACGCUAACAAUCCUGAUGGUGUGCUCCAAAUGUCCGCCUUUUGGCUUGUAACCCAACAUAUAUUUAGCGGUUUAGCUGAGGUUUUCAAUGGUAUCGGACAAACAGAGUUCUUUUACUCGGAAAUGCCUAAGAGCAUGUCGAGUAUAGCAACAUGUUUGUUCGGAGUAGGGAUGGCAGUUGCGAGUUUGAUCGCGAGUGUGAUAUUGAAUUUAGUCGACGAUAUAACAAAGAAAGGAGGAAAAGAUAGUUGGGUUUCAAGCAACAUAAACAAAGGUCAUAUUGACUAUUAUUAUUGGGUUUUGGCUACAGUAAGCUUCUUGAAUAUAGUGUAUUAUAUUUUCUGUAGUUGGGCUUAUGGGCCUAUUGAUGAAAGAAAACAUAAGGUUGUUGAUGAAGAAGAGUUGGCUAUGCUAAGGAAUACUAGUGUGCAUGAGAAGGGUAAUCUAAAAGAGAACUUUGGCUUACCAAAAUCAAAUGAAUUGGUAGCUUGAUGAAUGUAUAUUAUUUUUAUUAUUAUU